AUGGUCUGGACUCUACUGCUUGCUGUCCUUCAGGGACACGUUGGUCUGACAAGGUCAGCCUUUGGUCUUGCUGUCACGGCCAGUUCCAUCACAAUCCGUCCAUCACCCACCAGCGAGCCAUCGUCGACCAGUGGCCAGUGGCUGAUUAUCUCAAACACGUCCAUCUUCUGGCCCACAUACACCGACUACUUCUAUGGACCAACAACCGGUCCCGAAGCGCCGGUUGUAACCUGCAAUGCGAAAUGGGUUGAAUAUUAUGGCCGGUCCACCGGAUUACGCUCGCUGGGACCGACAGCCACGAGUAUCUCCUAUGACCCAUAUCCAACCAGCGAGGGGGCCUGCAGAACCUCCUCGUCGCUGGAGAGAUAUUCGGAUACUCAUACAGGACCUGUGACGACCCUUUGCGACGGUAUUCCACGCGCGCUGGGCCCUCGUGAGACCGUGACAUCCUACUAUCCCGGCACAGGACCCUGCAGCACUUACACCACCACCUUUACGAAUACGGUUGAGCUCUACCGGGAGCCGCCAGCGCCCGACUGCGACCUCAACACGCAAGAAUGCAUUCCGAUCUGGUCGACGUAUAGGGAACUGUCCAGUUCGUACUACGACACUGUCACAACCGUCACUCCAGGCGACACCAAGAGCCCCAUCCCACCCUAUAGCUGUCCCUCGACCACACGGUCCUACCCCGAAGACCCCUGCACAAACUGCCACUUUCUCCCCGGCACGGCAACCGUCUUCUACUGGCCUGUGACCACCGCCGGUGGCGACCUAUGUCUGCAGAACGGCACCACCAUCCCUGCUACACCAACCGGAAACGGCCCCAAUACCGCCAUAGUCAACGGGCAGACCCUCGUCUCCCCAAGCAUCUACGUCUCAUUUACCUCCAUCUAUGCCUGGAGUAACCGGCGCGCCCAUCCCGGAAGCCAAUGCGGCGACACGCACACCGACACCAUCAUCGCCGUGGAUCCCGCCAGCGUCUCUUCGGUCCGCAACCACCGCAACGCAAAGUACCCCACCAUCGGGACUGCGUAUCCGUUCAAUUUCGCCGAGUUCAUGCCCCAGGAAGUGGGCAAUUAUACCAUGCCACUGGUCCCCUGGCCGCAGUACCGAGGAGGAUCGCAAUGUCCGCUGUACGAUCCUUCCUGCACGAUGAUCCGGGACGAUUACAUGCCUUUCUUGGAUCUUCCCGAGGCCGUACGCCAGAUUGAUGCGCGGUGGACGGAGUGUGAUGCCCACUGGUAUAUCCCACCUGUGACCCUGGUGCCUUUAACGGGGAAUGUGAAGGUUCAAUCCACGCCGGCGGCUGAGGCGAAUGUCAUGGCUGCUAUGGCGGUGCCGGAAUCGGUGGCGGCUGUGCCUACGCCUGAAGCUACAGGAUGGUAG